CCUUCUUUCUUUCUCUCCAACCUCACCAAACCCAGAUCCGAUCGGGUUGUUUGAUUGAGUCGAGGUUGGCAAUCCUUCGAAACCGAGAGUGGUUGAGGCUUUGCGUUGGCGAUCCUUCGAAACCUAGAGUGGCUGGGGUUGUGCUGGGUUUGACGAACCUAGUCGAUUUGGGUUUCAACGAACCUAGCUGUGCUGGGUUCGGUGGAACCCAGACUGGCUAGGUUUGAGUUUAAGUCAUAUGAUAUACAACCACCCGAUUCUGCUCUUUUUCUUCUUCUUUCCAGUCCCCUGCAACUCCCGAAAGCCCCCGACGCACCUCCCCUUGAGGAAACCGAAAAUCCAGGAUCUGCUCUGUUCUUCCUCCCCUGCUGCCGAUUUCAGCUUGGUGAGGGUGGGGAUUUUUCCGGUUUUCUGGCGUGAGUUUCCCCCUGCAGAUUGCCGCCGGCCUCUUCCCCCCUGCCAUGUCCAGUUCUGCAGCUGGAAAAUUCUGAAAACGAAGUCAAGGACGGGGAAACCACGGGAAGUGACGAAUUGUGAUAUGAUAAGUUUCGAGCCUUGUGCAUUUGUGAGACCUUUUCACGAGUGCACGACGUCUGCCACGUCCUCAGAUUUGGGUUCUGAGGCAUGACAGAUUGAGUGGUAUCAGAGUUUAGGUUUAAAUUAAGAGCUUAGGAUUAAAUUAAGCACCUCCAGAUUGAGUGGUAUCAAAGCUUAAAUUUAAUUAAAUACCUAGAUUUAUUUGAAUACCUAGGAUUUGUUUUGGACUUGGCUAGCUAGUGGAUUUUAGAAUCGUGGUGAGAUGAGUGAUGGGGUUAUAUGAGGGACGAUUUUGAUUCAUGUUACCUGAAUUUUCUAAUCCAUUUUGAUGAGAUGGUAAUUUGAUUGUUCUUGUUUCCUGCCUUCAUACCCUGUGUAGAUUCAUGAAAUUAAUCUUGUCUGCCAUGUGCUUAAGACCUUGUUUUGAAACUUGGUCAUUUUCUGAUAGUCUACAUUUGUUUAGACUUGUUACGUAAAUAGAAUUUUUGUAUGCUCUUUUGCUACAAUUGUAAAAUCUGGGGAGUUGCAGAGAUCUUUUGUUAUUGAUCCCGUUGGUCUCUACAAUAUAGCUGGUUGAGAAAUUUAUUCUGUUUGUCACAUGACCAGUGGAAGAUGGGCAACCUUCUACUUUGAAAGAGAUUCAAGGCUAUUUUAGCAAAUGUUGUGUGUUUUCUAGAUGCGUAUUAGGAGUUAGAUAACUUGGUAAUUUCGCUGCUCAUUAUCUUUCUAAAAGUCUUAUAGUGAAGUUUCACUUUUUUCAUUUGGAGCUUCCUAGUCUUUUCAUGUGGCUUAUUUUGCUAUAUUGAUUAAUCAAAAACAAUGAUCAAUUCAAUUGAAAUUGCUUUGUUUUUGUGAAGAUUGGCAAGUUGUCAUAAAGUUAAACUCUUUAUUGUUGCCAAUCUCUACAUUCGUGAUACUUGGAAAUUGCUUGAAACUCUUGAAAUCCAUCUUGAAUCUUUCUUGAGAUUGCUUUGUACUUGUUCUUGAAACUGAAAUCCAAAGGAAAUGGAUAAUGAUUAUUGAAAUCAUUAUUAUCUUGAUAUUUGUCUGAAAUUAAUUCUUGCAUUGUUC